UUGCUCGUAAUAAUUAAGGUUAUAUAGUGUCACACAUGCAUAAUAUAAAAUUGAAACAAAGUUUAAUAAAUGCAAACGAAAUUGUGCUUGUGAUUUAAUUUGGUUUUGCAAACCAAGUUUACAGUCGGCAUAUUAAGGAAUAGUAUUUUACUCUAUUUUAAUCGAUGCUACCGAAUCAUCAAUAAAUUACGUAACUGUAAUCAUUUAAAUCUAAUACAUUCCUCGAUGCAUCUAAAUUUUAAGAUAUUGCAACUAACGAUAAGAAAAAUAGAGAGCGAUAGAGAAGGGCAAAAGACAAGAUUUAUAAUUAUAAUGGUUAAUGUGGUUUAUGCUCUCACUAUGUGUGUCACACAAAUAUACAUAUUUUAUCUCUAAGUGGUGAGCUUGUGCAAAGAUUUAUAUUAGUAACGAUUUUUGGAACACGUCAGAUAUCAUCAUACGUCACUAAAUGUGUACCAAACUCGAUCCUGCUCUAUCCCUGGAACUAGAAAAAAUUAUUGAGGCGAUCAGUGCACCUAGAAAAGGACUGUUGGCCUGUGACGAGUCACCUGUGAGUCUAGAGGAGAGAUUUCAGGAAAUCGGUGUAGAUAAUACCGAAUCUACGAGACGUGUCUAUCGAGAAAUGCUCUUCUCCGCUGAUAAGUCUCAAUUGUCACAAUACAUAAGCGGAGUGAUUCUGCAUCCCGAAACGGUUUAUCAGAGAACGUCGGAAGAUGUAGAAUUUAUCGAGUUUUUGCGGCGAAGAAACAUCAUACCCGGCGUGAAAGUCGAUCGAGGUUUGGUGCAUCUCUUCGAUACCGAGGACGAAAAGAUUACGCAAGGUUUGGACAACUUACAAGAGAAUUGUAUUUGGUACAAAAAGAAAGGCUGCCACCUCGCCAAGUGGAGAUGUGUUUUUACAAUUUCGGAACAAUGUCCCAGUCAGCUGGCGAUGAUUACCAAUGCAAAUGCUCUUGCGAGGUUUGCUAGCAUCUGUCAAAGCGCGCGGAUGGUCCCCAUAGUAGAACCGGAAAUAUUGAGCAACGGCGAAUACGGUAUAGAUAGGGCUUUACAAGUUCACGAGGAGAUGCUGUCCAUCCUGUUUCGUGCUCUGAACGAGUAUCACGUGUACCUUGAGGGAAUGGUUUUGAAGCCAGCGAUGGUAUUAUCGGGUAUAAAAAGUCCAAUGAAGUGCAAGCCGCAGGUUGUCGCUGAGUAUACGCUUAGAGCAUUACGAAGAACAGUACCCACAUCUGUUCCGGCAAUUUUUUUUCUAAGCGGCGAUCAAACCGACCAAGAAGCUGUGUUAAAUCUAAAUGCCAUUAACGCAUGUGACAAUAAAAAGCCAUGGAGACUCAGUUUCUGCUAUGGACGUGCUCUGCAGAAUACGGCGAUGAAAAUUUGGAAAAACAAUCCGGAAAAUGUAGCCAAGGCCCAAGCAAUAUUUCUUGAAAGAGCUCAAUUAUGCUCUAAAGCAUCCGUGGGAGAAUUACAAGUUCAAGAGAACAACGCGUGUAUUCGUUCGUGAAUUAAACAAAUAUGUAGUUAUCUCUUUUCACAGGCUAAUUAUAUGUACACACAUUCAUAAAAUUUUACAAUUUCCAGAAAACAAAAUUAACAAAUAUUUAGAAUUAAUACAAUUAUUUCAAAUACAUGCAUAUGUGUAUUGCUAAAUUAUUAAGAUUAUUUUUUAAUAAAUAAGAAAAUAAUUAUUUCAACAAAAUACAUAUAUACGAUUGAAAUGAGAACUCUUCACUUUCAAACUUUCCAAAAGUCAUAGAUAUGUAUAUGAAGCUUGGCUAUAAAUAAGGAUUUCUUGAUAGUGUCUAGUGAUAAAAUAUAAUCUCUGUCAAAUCCAACGAAACGAAUAAACUAUAAAUAUAUCUGUCACUGUAUUCACUAUCAGUACAUUUUCACAUAUGUAAUUUUCAUAUUUUUAACAAAGUGUUGAAUUUGAAAAAUUCUAUAAAUAGAUGUAUAAUAUAAAAAAUCAGUAAGACGUUGACCUAACGAAAAAACCUGAAGCAAUCACUAAGUAGAUAAAAACAGAGGCGAAUGGGUCGAGCCCACUUUUUAACUAUCACACACGCGAUAAGACAAUCCGGUGAUUAAAAGACAGGAGGCGCGUCUGAUGAUACUUGUGCGUCCAAAUGUUUCCAUCUUU